UAGGCAUUUUAUACUCAACAAUUCUGGAGCCUCUUCCUCAUCCAACUUCAACAUUUCAGACACACAAAACACACAAAACACAGUGCUUAUUAUCAAUUUUGGUUAAUCAAAUUUAUACUUAUUAUCAUAAGGACCUCUUCAUCAUCAAGUCAGAAAUUUCGAAAAUACACAAAACAUUGUGAAUCGUCCUUUUUGGUUGAUCAAAUUAACGCCAUUCUACUGUAUCAUUAGAGUACAUCGCAAUGAGGGAAGGAUUCUUCGAUAUAGCCGAUAUAUCCAGGGAUGAAGUUUCCCUGGAUGAUGCCCCGGAUGAUUUGGAAAAUUCUGAUUUCGAUGAUGAUAUGUUCGCAGCCAACAUGACCUUGAAACUGGGUACAAAUUCCCCCGAUGACUUGGAAAAUCCUGAUUCCGACGAUUGUCUUUCCAUAGCCAACAUGACAUUAGAAUUGGGUAAACAUUCCCCCAAUGAUAGCACAGAAGCCACAAUCUAUGUGGAUCAGGUGAUUGGAUCAGGAUUCUUCAAAAAUGCAUAUGAGGGGUUCUACACAAAUGGUGAAAGAUCUGGUCAGCGCUGUGUGUCAAAGCAAUUCAAGACGGGAUUCUCGUAUCAAGAUUACCAAUACAGGCAGCAAAUUGAGGUAGAAGAAAAGGCAAAAUCCAUCAUUGAUGCAUUCAAUGCUACAAACACGCCAUCAGAAUGGCACAGUGAUUUAUUCGAUGGUGGAAAUACUAUACCGAUAUACCCAGUCCGCUUCCACCCGUCGACACUUUGUACCAAUAACGAGACGGGAGCCAUGAGUUUUAUAGAACCAUUUAUCGAGAAUUACCGAAAAUUCAACAGCGCCCUCGGACAGGCUCCAGACGAUGAUGAAUUUGCUGCUCCAAUUCAAGCCUUGAGUCACUUUUCCUAUCAUAUAUCCGACGGUAAAAUGCUAUUGUGCGACCUUCAGGGAGGCGGUGAUGCCAAUGGAUAUACCCUCGCAGACCCAGCUAUUGCAUCGGUUGGUCCGCAAAGGCUUUAUGGGCCAUCAGAUAUGGGACCUCAAGCCAUCCUCACUUUCUUCAAGAAUCAUGUUUGCGAGGUUUAUUGCAAUCCACAAUGGCUCAAGCUUGAGGUGGUUGAAAGGGAGCUACUUCCAAUCCAGCGAGGGCUCUUACCUCCUUACGAAACAUAAAGAGCGUUGAAAGAUUGUCGGGUUGUCUUGCGCUCCCAUAAUUAACAACCGUUGGAGUUUUGGUAUUUUCAAGGAACAAAAUGAAUAAGAAGAUAUCAGCUAGGAAAUAAAUGGAACCCGUGAAUGGCUUCAUUCUGAGUUCAUAGCUUCAGCGAUAACGAUGAGCGUCGGUUUCUCUUCAUAUCCUUUUCUUGAUCAACUAUGAUAGGAUGUUGGAGGAUUUCAUAGCGUUCACCAAAUAUCCAGAAUCGAGUUUGAAGCUUGAGAUUGAGAUUGAGAUUGAGAUUGAUCACGUGAAACUUUCUUUGUGAUCCGAAGUUGCCGAAAAUGGUGAGAGCUGGACCUGGAAAGCUUGGCCAUCUUCUUUGGAGCCCCUAUAGUAAGCA